AUGGUAUCCGGAGAUGUUGGUAGUGCUUCGUUUUUGAACAAGCAGAUGAAGAUGAGAGGUUUGCAGAAGCUUCGAUUCUAUUGUCAGAUAUGUCAGAAACAAUGUCGAGACGAGAAUGGGUUCAAAUCGCAUUCUAAGUCGCCAUCUCACUUGCAGAAGCUUAGUAAAGUGACUCAUAAGGAUAUUGAAGAGUAUACGGUUCAGUUUGAGAAGGAUUUCCUUCGAUUGCUACGGCUUAUGCACGGUGAGAAGAAAGUGGAAGCUAAUAAGUUCUACAAUGAGUUUAUUCAGGACAAAGACCAUGUCCAUAUGAACGCUACGAGAUUCACAUCAUUGACGCGAUUUAUACAACAUUUAAGCCAGGGGGGGAAAGUACGGAUCCAUGGAAUAGAUGAGCUUACUAGCGAUACAGACCCAGGACGGUUUAUGAUAAGUUAUAUCGACUCGUCUUCACCAAAUAUGAUACGGAAGAAACAAAUAGAGUCAUUGAAACAAGCCGAACGUAGUGACCAAGAGAUUAAGCUAAGGCUCUUGGAGAAACAAAUCGAGAAGGCCAACGCUGAAGAAGUCAAAUCGGGUCAAAAGGAAGAAGAAGAAGAAGAAGAGGAAAUAAAAGCCAAUAUAAGAGAUGGACCUAUAAAUCUAACAGUAUCCACAUCGAAGGUGACUAAGAAGAAACCGAAAAAGAAGCUCAAAAAUGUUUUCAAGCCAACGAAAUGA